UGCUGCCUGCGCCGGGCGCCGCGCGCCGCUGCUCCGCCGUUCUCCUUCUCACUCCGCCGGCGCUCCUGUCUCACCCACCAGUCUAGGGUUCCCCUCGCAACUUACUGGAUCUCGCUCCGCUACCGGGUCCAGCCCGGCCUCGGCGGCUCGGUGCCGGCGGGGCGAGCGGGGCGGGGCGCGGGGACCGCGGGGGGCCACGGGUCGCCCCCCGCCGAUGAGCCGCCGCGGAGCGCGGGCGGACGAUGGAACUCCACAUCCUGGAGCAUCGGCUGCAAGUUGCCAGCGUCGCCAAGGAGAGUAUCCCGCUCUUCACCUACGGCCUCAUCAAACUUGCCUUCCUGUCCUCCAAGACCAGGUGCAAGUUCUUUAGUCUGACAGAGACGCCGGAGGACUACACCAUCAUCGUGGACGAGGAGGGCUUCCUGGAGCUGCCCUGCUCAGAACACAUGAGUGUAGCAGAUGCCACCUGGGUGGCCCUCAACGUGGUAUCCGGUGGUGGCAGCUUCUCCAGCUCCCAGCCCAUCGGUGUGACCAAGAUUGCUAAGUCAGUCAUUGCCCCACUGGCCGACCAGAACAUCUCAGUGUUCAUGCUGUCCACCUACCAGACAGACUUCAUCCUGGUACGCGAGCGAGACCUUCCUUUCGUCACCCACACCUUGUCAUCAGAGUUCACCAUCCUGCGGGUCGUCAAUGGCGAGACGGUGGCAGCUGAGAAUCUGGGUAUCACCAACGGCUUUGUAAGGCCCAAGAUGGUCCAGAGGCCAGUCAUCCACCCGCUGUCCAGCCCCAGCAACAGGUUCUGCGUCACCAGCCUGGACCCUGACACACUGCCUGCCGUGGCUACGCUGCUCAUGGAUGUCAUGUUCUAUUCCAGCAGGGUGAAGGACCCCACGGCAGCUGGUGAGGACUGUGGCCAUAUCCGCUUCUUCUCCUUCUCCCUCAUCGAGGGCUACAUCUCUCUGGUGAUGGACGUGCAGACCCAGCAGAGGUUCCCCAGUAACCUGCUGUUCACCAGUGCAUCUGGAGAGCUGUGGAAGAUGGUGCGGAUUGGAGGGCAGCCCCUGGGAUUCGACGAGUGUGGCAUCGUGGCCCAGAUCUCGGAGCCCCUGGCCGCGGCUGACAUCCCUGCCUACUACAUCAGCACGUUCAAGUUCGACCACGCGCUGGUUCCAGAGGAGAACAUUGGUGGGGUGAUUAACACCCUGAAGGUCAGCCAGGCGGGGAAGCACUGAAGGGAGUCGCUGUCCAAUGCUACCCCAGCGUGUUCUCACAGAGUUUCUCCAGAGAUGAGCACGACCCAGGGACACCGCCCUUCAGAAAGGGACUGCCUUCUCCAGCCCACCCCAGAAAGUGGCAUCUGAGGCCCAGGGGGCAGAGGAGCAGCCCCAUCUCCUCCUGGGGCUGUUUUUGAGGGACUGGCAGAAGGGGGCUGGGCAUGGGGAGUCCUGGGAGCCCCAAAAGGUGAGGGGCUGACCAUAGUGGUCCCUUCGCCCUGUUCCCAGGGCUCAAGGCUGGUUCCCCUGGAAUGGAGGCUUCGGGCCAUCCAGACCCCACCUGCCAACCCCAAAACUUGCACCCCACCCCCAGCACAACUGCCAAGAGGGGCCCUGUGCAGACAUCCCCUAAGCGCUCCCCUGGGGACUCACCAGCCCAGAGCACCAGCUUCAUCCUCUACUUUCCUGGACCCUCCUUGAGCAGGCAGAGUCUUGGUUUCUCCCUAUCGGGGCCCUCCCCAGCAUUCUGCACUCGGGGUCUCUUAGGUCACCCCCACCUCCCAGACAGUCGACUAGACCAGCACAGGGCUCCCCACCAGCCUCCCCAUCCACACCCCACAUUUGGGGGAUGCAAGUGGCCUCUGCCCCCACCACCCCGCCUGCUGGCCUGCCCUGACCUCUGGAGCCGGGUGUUCACAGUACUUGACCCAGGAGGCAGCUUAACUGAGCCUUAAUAGAGAAAAUCAUGCUUCGUUUUAGUUUUUGUUUAACAUAUUUGCAGUUGUGCCCGGGCUGCUAUUGGCUGUCAUUUCUUUUCUCCAGAGAUGGGUUCCAAGUUCUCCCCAGGGGUCUAGGGCUAAGUUGCUGGGGGCCAUGUGGUUCCUGGGGUUGGUGAGAGUGAAGAAGCUGUCUCCUGAGGGGCAUCUGGGACAGAGGUCUGAGAGGUAUCUCCCAGGCUGGGGCCCUGGCCCCAUGCUGACCCAGCAGGGGCGGAAGAAGGGGCCACUUGCUUCUCCAGCCGGGGGUACCCCUAGGCCAGGCACUGCGUGUGACCCUUGAGGAGCCCAGCAUACUAAGUAGAAACCCACUUUCUGCUUGGUUUUUAAAUUAAUUCAUUUUGCACAAAACCCUAGAAGCAACCAAAUCUAAUCAGUUGUUUGCUGGUCCCAAAAGGGAGGUGGCUGAAUGGGCAGGGCUGUAUCUGAUGCCCCUCAUUCCCUGUCUGUAGAAGGCCUUUAUUUUCCGGGGCGCCCCCCUCGGCACCCCUUUCUGUCUGCUUCUUGAAUUGUGUAGCCCCUAGACUUCUAGGACUGCCUGUUAUACGCACCUAUAAAUACCUGUGUUUUAUGUUGAUAUAGAUCUAUAUAUACUGUAAAUAGCAUAUAUACUUGAGCAAUAUAUAUGUUAAUAUAUUCUGUGCGCAGGGUGCGGGCACACACCUCCCCCUUCUGUGUGCGUGCUGUGAGUGCGUGGAUGCGAGGCCCCGCCCACUGACGAGGUUUUGAGCCCCCACCUAUUGAGUCUACGGCAAUAUGAUGAUGUGUCAUUGGUGGGCCCCGCAGGCCUCCCUGGAGAGCGGGAAAAUCAGCAGCCCACAGAGCCUACCACAUGGCCAUGUGGAGGGCCAGCCCUGACCUGCUCUGGCUCCCCACCUCCACUUCUGCAGCCGUGGCCCCUAUAACACCUGUGUUUUAUUGGAGGGGAACAUUGACAUAGAAGAGCGAUCGGGACUUGUUUUUAACAGAAUGUGCCCCUCGCACCUGGCCUGCCGUAGGGCCACACUCCAGCCUUCUCCCCUCAGAUGGCUUCUUUCCUGGAGGCUCCUUACCUGAUUUCUUUCUUUUUAUUCCCAAGCUUAUUAGAAAUCCCGGGUUCUUUGGCUGGGGCUGCUGUUGGGGAUUGGCGCCGUCUGCAGAACAGCACAGAUGACCUUGCAUCUGGGGAGAAGCUGCGGUGAAGGCCCACUGCUCUGGGGGGGAGCUGCCUCUAGCAUCCCUCUGCUUGGCUGCAGGGAGCCCCCUAAGAGUUCCCCAAGCCGGUGACUUGUACGAAGAAGCUGCGCUCUUUGUGUACUGUAGCCAAGGUGUCCCCAAAGCCCUGGCAAAGGCGCGUAUGCCCUGACCUUUCUGCAGACCUCCUUAGAGGCCCAUGCCGUCCCCUGACUAUGCAGGGCUACAGAAUGCCAGGGCCCCUUGCAGGUCAGCAGCAGAGGUGUGCAUGGGGUGGGCAAGGAGGACGCCGCCAUUCCCCUUGCCCUGGCUAGGUAUACAACCAUGCCGUGGGUGAGCAGGCCAGAUCCGCCCCCAGGCCUGAGAAUGUACAUCUCAGCCUUUCCAGGGAGGAAAAUGCCCACAGUGUGGACACUACCCUGAUGUCGCUCCCCACCCCACCCUGUGUAGGUCCCAUGAUGAGGAGCCCAGCAUCUGGGGAGGGAGCAGUGACUGCCAGUUCCAGGGACAGAAGCCCCAACCCUGACUUCUGUAACAUCCCCUCCCCAAGAUUUGGGGGAUCCUGGACGCCCAACCACCACCCCACCACCACCAACAGCCCAGGCAGCAGGUCCCUGGUGGGAGAGCUGAGGGACAUAACCAGGCGGCCCCAGUGCCCAGCAGGAGAGUCCUGUGUCCUGAGGGACUGAGGGUGUCAGGGAAGUGAGGUGAGGAGGGGAUUGUGGCAGAUGGGAAGAGACGGGCCUCAGUCUAAGACCAGCUGAUGGGUGAUUUUCAGAGGGGUCCUGAGCCACUAUAUUUCCUUGACAGAACUUUUGGGUUCUCUAACCACCUUUUGAGUCUCUAAGCUGGAUGUGGGCUAUUCCUGUCCUUAACUAGGAGAGAGGACUCAGGAUGCUCCCAGGUGACCGUGGAGUACUGCAACCCUGUUGUGAUGGGAAUUUGAUGUCCCUUUCUGAGCAAAGCAGGGGGAGAGGAAGGGGACCCCCACCUCUGCCCACGGGGAGCAGGGGACCACAUGGCUGCUGAGUGGGCAUAAACAGGGGAGAGGCUUAGCCUCUUCUUGGGUUUCCAGAGGCGCUGUGAACAGGCAGAGUCAGGCCUGGAGGGAGGCAGCCACAUGCAGUGGCUGGUGGGGUCACCCAUAGAGGGUCAGAUGGCUGGGAAGGAGGGAGCAGUGUGUAGCUAGAUAGCCUGUUCCUGCAUCUUGAAGCCCCUCUGAGGUAUUUUUCUUUCAAGUUAGAAGCAGCAAAACCACAGGCCCAAGCAUCACUGUCCCUCUCUCCAGACCAAGGGAGGAGGCUGCUCUCCUGGGGAGGCGACAGUGGCAGAGCUGUGCCGAAUGUGGUUCUUAUGCGUGCGUGUGAGCGUGCGUGUGUGUGAGCAUGAGUGUGCAUGUGCUGGGCUCGGCUCGGAACAAGCUGCCUCAUACAGUAUUUGGACAGAGGUGACCGCAUGGGGACACUUGGCUGGCUUAAAGGCAGAGUGUGAAACUGGCGUGUUGCGCCUGCCCUGUGGAGGGGCAGAGGUGUCCCUAGCCCAGCCCAGCCAUCCAAGCAGCCAGCCUGACUUGGCCAGGCCCUCCGCUGUGUGGAUACCUCAGGUCUCCUAGUGUUCAUGAGACAGGUUGUGGGCCGGGACCUGCGCUGAAGGGCACUUCCUAGAAAUUACAGACCCCAGUGCAGGGGCACAAAAAGCAGGCCAAAUUCAGGUCCCAAGACAGGCCAAGUAUAAUUUUCUUUCCACUGCUUCAGUUUACCUAUUGAGAAAAUGGCCCAGGAAUAGUUGAGGCAGGGUUGACUCCAAAACGGGAAAGCUCUGAGGACAAGUAGUAACCCCUAAACCCUCUUGCUCUAUGCCAAAAUCAUUUCCGUUAUCCUGAGAUGGGGGAGUGGGAGGGGUGUGGGGCGCUCCUGCCUGAGGCCCCUCCACCUGCCCGCACCUAGCGUGGCACACCCAGGUCACCAGCAGCAGCAGCAGCAACGGCCCUCGCUGGUUCCCACCUGGAUGCAGGUGACAAGCAGCAGGCCUACCCCACCCGAUGGGGUCAUGCUUAUUUUGUCAAAUACAGAAUGCUCGAGAUUCAUGUACUAUACAAUGGAGAGAAAAAAAGUACCUAAUGUUCCCCCCAAAAGACAGUAUAUUUUAUACUUUGCAAAGUGUUAAUUAAAAGAGAAAAAACUA